AUGACAGUCUCCACCACGCUGUUCAGCAAUACGUAUCAGCUGUACAAAAGCUACACCAGCGAUGUUUGUCAAUGGUUGAUGGACGCUGCUGGUUACAACCCUCCCAAUGAAGCCCAUGACGCCUCUCCCGCCCAGCCCCCUACGCGCGGGACAGGCCGUUUGAAAGGAAAGGCGCGUAAAUUGGCUAAAGACACUGUUCCAUCCGCGGCUCCAAACAAGAAAGUGUUAGAAACUCCGAUUGCGGUAGACCAACUUGUGGAACUAGCUCAAAAUAUUUCUCAGGACCCCAAGAAGAUGUUGAAUAUUCCCAAGACGAUCAUCACCAAGCUUCAGAAAACUAUCUCCCUUCGCCAGGAUUUUCUCGCACUUCAUGCAGCCAGACCUUCUCCCAAAAACAUCCCGUCUAACCCAGGCGUUCAAGAAGGCAAUGCUUCACAUGCUUAUUUUGUCCGUAUCCUCGAACGUGUACUACGUAUCCUCACACCGCAGGCCCCGCCGAGCCAAGAGGUUAAUCCGAAAAUUUCUCCAAUCGAUCCCUCCGCUACUGAAGUUCCGAAAACUGUGCACAACACAAAUAACUUUCACGUCUUAGACGUUGAAGAUUUGGAGUACGAGGAUGAGACUACCCAGAAACCAACUCUUGCCCCGAAGAACGUAGGGAAUGGGGCUAAUCCACCUAAACCAGCAAUCCAGGCCAAAGCAGUGCUGGCAGACAGGAAUGAAAAGGCCGAAGCUUUCUUUGCCACCUUUUGCCUCUUUACUGAUAUGAACCGACUCCAAGUGCUUGUUCGGGAUCACUGGAAGCAAUACAAGGCCGGGACAAUAGCUCUUGAAACGGUUUCGCUCAUGUCCAACAUGGCAAUUGCGGCUCUUCGACAAACUGAAAAAGAUUUCAUCAGCACUUUUGGACAUCUCCUUCCUUCCCCGCCAACAUGCGAAAAUAUCUCUCUGCACAUUUACUUGUAUCUUUGUCUGCAAAGAGGAGUGGAUCCUACUGUACGAUAUGACGCCAACGACGUUUAUAAUCAUGAGAUGGCCGAUGUUGGCGAACUUCUCGGCCUUACGACUCACAGUACACUUGAGUCCAUCCGCAACGUUGUUCAACCGAAUCAAAUUCCCUGGUCAAUUCCGGGUGUCUUUGGCGUUUAUGAUCGCAACGCUGAUCGUUCCAAGAUGUCACUCCGACAGAUCAUCGCCCAAGAUCGAGUCAUCUUGAUUGAGCUCUUCUCAGAGUUUUGUAUCCUGGAAAACUGUCGAGCGCCCGAUCGAUUUGAAGAUGAAUUUACCAAAGGUAUCCGCAAACUCUACGAUACCAAGAAGAACGCAAUCCCCAUCUGGCUAGUCUUUGCAACUCAGGUGUUUUUGGACACUAAUUCGAUUCUCGGUCCAGAAGUCACUCGACCGUUCGAGGAGCUUCAAAAGGCAGCCAAACAGGUAGACACUAAUCUUGACCGAUUCUUCGCGUCAAGAAAAGGUGUACCCGACUUUGAGUUGUGGCCCAAAAAGCAGACUGAUACGCUUCAUCGCUUACAAGAUCAAGUGGUACAGAAAUAUAUGUUGGCCGAUACAAUGACUCAAAUGAAAAUCGUCUGUAAAGGCACUCUUGAUCGUCGGACACCUGCUGGCAGGCAACUUUACAAUGAAAUCGAAACCGGUCCACCCUUCAAUCUUCGCAAGCAACAUCCUCUGCUGUGUGGGACGGAACUUCUUGCCUUGCGUUCCCUUUCUCAAGAUGCGGGAAUUAGUGUAGGUUGUACCUGGGGAUCUAUACUGUACACCACUCAUGCAUACAAUGCUUUUCGACAAGCUGGCGCGCUGGACGUGGAAUGGCCUCUCAUGGAAUGGAUCAUCUCAUAUUUCACACCAGAGAGAUUGUUUGCUGGAUUCAGACCACAGACACUGGAAGAGUGUUUCAAAAGCCUACUCCUUGGUACUUCGCUCUCCAAUUUCACCCCUGACGCUCGCCGCUCCAAAUCGAACAAGGGCGUGCGUUGGUCAUCUAAAGGCCCUCGAAACUGGUCUGCGAACUCAAAGGUUCUUGACAUACUCAAGGAUUGGCUGUCCGGGACUGAUUCCGCAGAUGUGGCAGGGCGCAUGUUGGCGUGUCUUAUGGCGCUCAAUGACAAGACAAAGACUUCUUCAAGCGCCAAGGUUGUGCCAGUCGGAACGGUAGGACAAGUCUUGACGGUCAAAGCCAUGAUCGAGCACGAAAUACCAUGGCUUCGAUGCGACUUCCUCGACCUUCAUCUCCGCUGCAUGGACGCUUUCCGAGACAUGCGUCGUGAGCUUGAUGGUCACUUCUCAAAAAUGUUGGAUCCGUUGUAUAUCGAGAACGACAAUCAGCUUUGUAUGAUGGUUGGUUAUAUCCUGAUGAUCAGCAGUCACAACCGAAAAGUCUUAGAGGAGAAGUACAAGAAGAAGGUACCAGAUGAAAUCCAGAGCCUUUCAAUUGUCACGGGUGCACGAGUGAUGAAGGAGUUAAUCCUCAAAAGCGUUUAA